AACCUGACCCUUGAGGACAGUGGGCUGUACCGGGCUCAAGAGACCUAUACGGGAGGAAGACAAUAUGACCAGAAUUUCCACCUGACGGUCUAUGAGCCUGUGCCCCUUCCCCAGAUCCAGGCCACGGUUCUGUCCCUCACACCAGGCUGGUGCAACCUCACCUUGAAGUGUGUCCUCUCAAGAACCAGGGAGGACCUGACCGUGUCCUGGGAGAGCGAGUGUCUCCCCAGGGAGCAGGAGCACAGACCGGCCCCGGGAUCAUCCCCCAACCCCUGGACACUGGCUGUGAACCUGCCCCUGAGCCGGCCCAGCCCCAGCCUCACCUGUGUGGUCAGCAACGAGGGGGAUGAGAAAACUGUCACCCUGGACCUUGGGGACAUCUGUGGCCAUA